CAGAAGGCAGUCGGAAAACAUCUCAAUAAGGGAAUUGCGCUGUUUCUCCCAGUCGUGCUUUCAAACUCUGCUUGGAAGCAUAAGCCUUUUUACAGUAGGAAAUUUAAGUGCUAAAAGUAGAUAACUGUCCAUACCAAGUACCUGGAACUUUGAAAUUUAUAUUGUCCUAACCCUACAUAACGUAACAUUGUUAUGUUAAUGCUAAUCAGCAAAGAAAGUGGAGUACCAUUUACAAGAUGCCAACUGUUGAAAAUCCGAGUGGUGAACAGAACUUCAUUGCACAUUGGAUGUUCAAUAGUUCCCGUGCUGGAGUCUUGUUAGAUCCUAGUUUUACAGGUUUGAACUUCAAGAAAGAAAAUUUGUUACCUGGACCUGAAAAUAUCACAGCUUUACCUGCCGAAGUGUUGCAUCUUUCAGACGCCUGUUCUGUAAGUGAUGACUCCCUGUGUGAAGAGUCUGGCAGCUCUCAUACACUUCAGCAAUACAGCACUGGAACAUCUUUUCCAGCAGCAGCAUGUAAUGUGGAAAGCUCUAAACCAGACUUUGUCUGUGGUGAAGUGGAUGGUCAGAAAAAAUCCGGUUGCAGUGACCCACUCUUAAAAAGGCUUGAACAGCUGAAGGAAUUGCAACGACAGAAACAGGAACAGCUAAAGAAACAACAGAUGGAGCAACUUCAGUGGCUAAUGGAAGAGCAGCAGAAGCUACUUAGCAUGGUGUCUGGCCAGACAGCAGCUCUUGGCUAUACUCUAACAGCUGAAAGUCAAAAGCUAAGACCUGGGCAUUCUUCAGGCUUAACAACUUUACACCAAUUGCCAUCAUCUGCAUAUCAGAAUGUCUUUGAAGACAGAACUCAUGCUCCGAUUGUUGCUUCGUAUACACAAGACAAUGAUUCUUUACCAAAGUUAAACAACAAAGAAUGCACCUCAUCUUUGAAGAACAGUCUUUCAGAAGUUUCUGCCUGUGAAAAGCCAGGUCCAUGUGUGCCUAUGAAAAGGCCAAAUUGUUUGAACAACAAGGAAGACAAAUACAUUACUGAUCUCUCUGAAAAUUCCAGCGGAGGUGAACAUUUGCGGACUAAUACAGAGGAAAGACCUAUUAAAGCUGCAAUACAUGAGAAGAAACAGACCUUUGAAGAAUUCUUGGAAGAACAGAUACAACUAGAAGAGCAGCGUCUGGAGCAAAACCAGAAGUUGCAGGAGACAAAUGGAUCAGCUGUUCAAAGACCAGUGACCAAAAGACCCUUCCUGAAAAGAGGAGAAGGCUUAACAAGAUUCACUAAUGCCAAAUCUAAAAUUACAAAACUCGGAGAAAACACCUCAAAACUUCAACAAAGGGCUUCAGAUGACAGAAAUGUUAUUAAAGUGGACAGAUCACAAACACAGAAGAAAACUAUGCCUCCUGGCAAAGAACUGGUUUCUGAAAAUCCUUUUGCACCGUGUAAAAAAUACAACCACCCUAAUAAAGCAAAACAUUGCCCUAUUCAGAAGACGGUGGUACUCAGGAAUCACAGUGGAGAAAAUAUCUUGCCAUUAGAAACAAAAAUGCAAUCAGGAAAAAAUUAUGAUGGACAGAUGAGAGAUUAUUACGCAUCAGAAAUUAAUAACAAAACAGAAAAUAAAGAGAACAGAGUAGAAUUUGCUAAGUCUAAUACUGGCAAAAUCAAAGACAAAUUGCCUGGCACAGAAAAGUCUCAGUUGUCUCAAGAGCUGGCCAGUGCCUUCUCUAAUUCUAAACAUACUAUAGGUCACCCUGUAAAAGAUUCAGAACUAUCUUUUGAAAUUUCAUUUCAGAAUAAGCUGGAGAACUGGGAAAAAGAAAAAGAAAAAGAGACUCUAGAAUUAGAUGAGUUUUUGUUUCUAGAACAAGCUGCAGAUGAAUUAUCUUUCUCAAGUAAUUCCUCAUUUGUGCAAAGGGUCUUGGAUCGAGAUCUGCAAACUUUAAAAGGCCGUAGAAUGUCUUCUACCCCAAUAAAGGCAAAACAGCAGCAAGUAAAGGUGCUGGCUGUCGAACUCACAAAUGAGAAAAAUGAAAGGGCAGACUGCAUAGCACAGGAAAAUAUACAUAAUAGCCCAGGUAUGCACUCAGUCUCAAAUUCAGGAGCAGAUUCUAGAAUGAAGGAUCCAUUGAAUAAAACAGACAAUGUAAUAUUUUCAGCUUCUUCUGUGAAAACAGCUCCUGCUUUAAAAAGUAAUCACUGGAUUGUAAAUGAAGAUGAGGGCAGCGGUGAUACUACUGCAGAUUCUGAGAGUAGAUUUGAGGCCACACUGAAGCAUGACAACAAGGAUGCUAAGACAUCCUUUGUGAGCCAUAGGGAAAGUGAUCCGGAAUUUUUUGAUUGUGGAAGUUCUGUUACAGACAUCAGCAAAGAAAGCAUAAAUGGAGAUGCUGACCUUGGCUUGUCAGACAAAGAUUGCAGUGCACUGUCAAAGCAAAAGAUUAGAAGAGCUACAGACGAUCACAGAAGUGUGUCAUGUUUAAGGAGGAGUAAGUUUGAAUUUGAUGAUGAAAGAACAUGGAGUGAUCUUGAUGAAAAUUAUGUUAGCAGUGAUUUACCUGAAAAAUACACUAGAAUACCUUCGCAGAUGGACUUUCCCAGACAGAAUGAUUCACCUGUCCCAGAUAAAGCAAUAAAGAGAAAAGUUGCCUCAAAGAAAGCAGAUGAAAUGUCCAAAGAGUCUGCAGUGGACAGUGAUUCAAAUGGACCUCCUGCAUCAAACCUGAUGAUGAAACUGUUUCCUUCACUGAAACCGAAACAGAAGGCAGGCUGUCACUUGGAACGUGAAACCAAAUCGAAUGUGGAACAGGAUCCAGGAGGAAAUACUGUUCCAUCCCAGCUACUGAGAGAGAGACUCACUGAACUGGAAACUGAAAUAGAGAGAUUCCGAGCUGAAAACACAACUCUAAGUAAACUCCGUGAAGAAAGAGAGCAGGCCUUGGCAAAUAUCAGGAAAGAAAUUGCAGACUUUGAGCAGCAGAAAGCCCAAGAACUGGCUGAAAUAGAAGAAUAUAAAAAAAAGGAAAUGAAAAAACUGCAAAAGGAGCGCAAAGUUUUUGAAAAAUAUACUGCAGAAGCUAGAGCAAUUCCAGAUAAAAAAGAACGUGAUGAAAUUCAGGCUUUAAAACAACAGAUUGCAGAGUUACAGGAAGAUUUAAAACGAAAAGAGGCAAAAUGGUCAACUACCCAUCGGCGCCUGAAAGAUCAAAUAGAAGCUUUAGUAAAUGAGAAUUUGGAGCUAAAAGAAGAAGUCAAAAUUAUGGAGAAGUUCCGUCUAGAAGCCUGGAAGAAAACAGAAGCUGCUGGAAGCAAGAGGAAAAUAGAAAACUCUGCGAUGGCUUUAAAAAGAGCAGAAUCUUGUCUACCAAAUAGAGGCUCCAAAAGUCAAACUGCAUCUCUGCUUCUUCCAGUACAGAAGGGCAGCAAAAUGAAUGGCAAAAGUUAUUCACAGGCAAAAGGAAAACUUUCUCGAACACCUGCAUCCGGACCUGCUAAGGACAGAAGCAACUCUGAGACAGUAACAGCACUAGAAGAUUCUUCUAAGACUUUUAUGGUAGACAUCUCUCCUAACGAAGCUCAUGUGUCACUACCAUCUGGUCCUGCAUAUAUGGGCAGUGAAGAGAUAGAGAGAGAAACUACUUAUCCUGAUGGAAAGGUUGAGCAAGUUUUGAAAAAUGGCUGUCACCUCGUAUUUUUUCCCAAUGGAACAUGGAAAAAAGUGGGUUCUGAUGGAAAAACUGUAACUAUAACCUUCUUCAAUGGGGAUGUGAAGCAGGUUAUGCCUGAUCAAACAGUGAUUUAUUAUUAUGCUGAUGCUAAGACUACACAUACUACAUACUCUGAUGGGUUAGAGGUCUUGCAGUUUUCAAAUGGACAAAUAGAGAAGCAUUAUCCUGAUGGCAAGAAGGAAAUUACCUUCCCUGAUCAAACUAUUAAGAACUUAUUUACAGAUGGACAAGAAGAAAGUAUCCUUCCAGACGGUACCAUUGUUCGUGUUCAGCCAGACGGAAGCAAAACUAUAGAGUUCAAUAAUGGCCAGAGGGAACUACACACAUCACAGUUCAAGAGACGGGAAUACCCAGAUGGUUCUGUCAAGACUGUGUACAUGAAUGGACAGCAGGAGACGAAGUAUGGCUCUGGAAGAGUCAGAGUAAAGGACAAGGAUGGAAAUAUUAUCAUGGACACUAAGUUGUAGGCAGUGUCAAAACUGCUGAAGUGUUAAGACACCAGCAAAAAUAAUGUACAUUUCUGUAAACAAGAAGCAAAAACCCUUUAAGCUUGUUGUGUAUAUAUAGUGUUUAUAGUUUUUACAAAAUAAAUUUAUUUUUAAGUGAGUGCUACAUCAGAGUUUUGCCAGUUUUUUUUUCCCCACUCCAACUUUUAAGGAGCAGUUUAUUGA